AUGCAACAGUCAUCAAGUCUGUUCACAGGACUUCCUAGUAACCGUAGGUUUGUUCACAAUGUAAUGGCUCUUCAGAGGGAGGAAUAUCUUCAUUAUGGCAUUAUUUCAGCUCUUUUAAUGCUUCAAGGUUCACCUGGUCCUGUAAUGUUUGCUGCCCCUGUUGUAGACUACAUCGUGUAUGGCAAACUAGAUUCAGUCUCAGUGUCAGUCAGUGACCUGCCCAGUGGAAAAGUGAAGACAACAGUAGAGGAGCUUGAAGCAAUCGGUGAUCGUGAGAGAUUUAAGCAAGAAGCAUCCUUUAACACACCACUAAGAUUCAAAGCAGGAUACACAAAGCCUAUUGUAACUUUGGAAGACAAAGAUGAAUUUAUCAGGUGCAUCUGCUUACACCAUCUCAUUUUAUGUACACAGACUGAAAUUGACCAGUUUGUCAAAGGGUUGGCAACAAAUGGAGUCUUGGAUGUGAUCAGAAACAGUCCUAACCAAUCCCGCAAGCUCUUACAAUAUUAUGAACAUGAGAAGCUGACUGCUGAGGUUGUUGAUAAUCAGUUUCAGUGUGUCUUUAGCGUGGAAGGAAGUAACAGACGUGCUAAGGAGGAAGCUAUAGCCUUUAACUUUACACAUUACCUUGAGGAUGUUGAAGAAGGUUUGAUUACCACCACAGUCCUAGAUCCUGAGACAGAUGAAAUUCACACCAGUAAAGUUGAACUUGCACAUGUUCUUCAGUUUGUUACUGGAUGCCCUGCCUUACCUGCCACUGGAUUUGACACAAAUCUAACUAUUGUUUUUGACCAUGAAGAGAUCCAGAGGAAACUUUCAGCAAACACCUGUUCCUGUACCCUUAACAUUUCAGUU